GUGUGCUAGGCUCAGUGUGGUUGGGACCUCCUGUCAUGUCAACUUGUCGUCUGCUGCUGUUGUCUCAGGCAGACUGUGGACUCAUUGAAUACCCCCACCAGCGCAAGCCACCACUACCAAAGGAGUUGUCUGUGAUCUGCCAGUCUUUUGGACACUGUGGCUUCCCUGGAGAAAACAAGCCUCUAUUCUUGGAAAAGUUAAAAACCUCUGAACGCUACAAACCUAUUGGAGAUUGUCAGCUUACUGUGUUCUUGAAGGAUAACUCUGGUCAAAGCAGAUAUUUUUGCACAUUCUCCAAAAGCAUGCCUGCUGAACACUGCGAGGUGUCUGAACUUAUUGCCAUGGAUUCUAGUGAGCCUUCUGCACAAACUACUGAACCCUGCAUGAGUCUGGAUGAAAGAGAUAACUCUCUGGACUAUACUGAACACCAAAAGGUCAAUGGACAAAUCAAUCCCUCUGUGCACAGUUCUGGUCAUUACUACAUGAAUGGAGAACAAACAGGAGAUGGCAAACCGUCUGUGGAUUAUAAUGGACAUUCUAUGGGCUUUGAAAAAUGUAUCAGUAUGCCUUGUGGGGACUAUCCUUCUUUCAAUAAACACAGUAAUCCGUGUAAUUCCUCUGAGUUAAGCAAGUCAUUUGAAGAAUGUACUCAACAUUGUAAGUGCUCGGAGUUCAGAAGGUCCUCUAACCACAGUGCUAAUGACUGUCUAGCUGUAGUAUUUAGCCAACACUGCACAGAACACUUCCAGGCAUCUGAACUAUGCCAGUCUUCUGAUAAACACUGUAUGUCCUUUGAGCCUAGUGAACCUGCUAAGAACUCAGAUUUUUUUGAACAAUGUAAGUUACCUGAUUAUUUACCUGAAAUCUCUGAAUCCACUGAAUCAAUUAGACCAUUUGAGCAGUGUACUGGGAUUUGUGAAGAUUCCAGAAAAUACAAUCAUAUUGAACACCCAAUAGAAUAUAAUAAGACUAAAGAGGAAUCUGAUGAUUUAAAGAUGCUUGAGCCAGCUGUUCAGCAAAUUGAAAUAUGUGGGCUUUUUGACUCUGAGUUUUGCAUAAUAUUAGAACCUGUGCUUUCUUCAGAUUCAGAAAGUAGACAUGUCUCUGAAGUUCAUGAACCUACUGAGCAAACUGUGCUUGAUGAACAAAGCAGUCAUCGGUCUGCUGAAUAUGAUAUACCCUCUGGGCAUUAUGAAUCGGAAAACAAUCUCUUUGAGCUAAGAGAGACGAGUGUACAGUAUGAACUGUCUGAGCGAUGUAAUUCUUGUGAGAGCUGUCCUGGUCAACAUCGUAGCACACAUGACAAAUGCUAUGAGCCUUGCUGUUUAUUUGACUCUGAGGAAGACAGGUCUUCGGAGUGCUCAUCCACUGACACAAGGUCUUUUGAAUCUUUCAUCGAUGAUAUUAUAAGUUCGGACACAUUGCAUGACUUGGCCGAGUCCUAUGAAGCAUUAGUGGAAGAUGUGUCACUGGACAAAUCCAGGGAUGGUCAGUCUCCAUUAUUCUCAGAGAUGUGGGAAUCUUUUGAUGUUCAUGCCGAUGUGGCAGCAUGUGAGGACAGUAGUGCUGCUGAAGACAAACUUCACUUGGAUGCAGUUGCUGUUGAGGAACUAUUUGACUUUUUCGAUAAAGACAAUACAUAUACUUUUGCUCAGAGGCAACCUUAUACAUCCUGUUUUGAAGGGGGAGGGGUACAUGAGCUGUUUGUUGAACAACAGAAAAGUAAUGUGUCCAUUAUAAAUGAGGAUGAAACAUAUAUGCCCUCUGUAAAAAAAGGUCUUGAAACACUUUCUGUGGAAGAAUGUAAAAUGAAUGACGGUGAUGUUUUUAAUCUGGAAUUGGAAGCAGUUGAUGAAGCGUAUGAUGCUUGUGCUGAGGACAGACAAUGUAAUGUGGACUGUGCUGAUGAUAUCGAUGUGUCAGACUCUGGAUCAUUUGCAGAUGAAGAAUCAUGCGAAUCUUGUUUUGAAGAAGGAACAGCUUAUAGAGUCGUUGAAGCUUUUCUACCUAAAGACAAUGCUAUUGAGGUUGAGGCCUAUGAGUCCUGUGUUGAGGAAGACACACUUUGCGGUGCAGAAGAGAAAGCUUGUAAUGUUCAGGCUGGCAUGGACAACAUGAAUGAACACACUGUAGAGGAAGCUUCUUGUAAGUCCUCUGCUGAUUUGUCGUCUGUUGAAUAUGAUGAAGCAUUUAAGGGCCAAAAUGACCAAACCUUGGAACCAUGCUUUAAAGAAAAGAAAACAAGUGAUCAAGAUAAUCAGACAAUAGCCAUUUCUGAAGACAAAUUAUACAAACCACAUGCUGGUAACAAAGCUUCUGAAUAUUAUGAAGGUUGUGAUGAAGAUUGUGAUGCAUGUAGUGGUGAGUAUUCAAAAUGUUUCUCCAGAUGGGAAGAUGAUGGACUCUGCACUGAGGACAAGACCUGUGUUGAAGGGUGCAAUGAAUAUAAAAGUCAACACACUUUAUCAGAUGUUAAUCAAGAAGCUAACGGAUUCUGCACUGAAGAAAACUCCCACAAAAAGUUUCAUGAAAGAAUGGAUAAUGAAGGCACUCUUGAGCCAAUUCUUGAUGGAUUCAAAAUUGAGGAGGGAGAGAAUGAUGCUCAAUUUAAUGAGGAGAGUGAAUAUCCUCAAUCAUUUGUGGUUUUAAUCAAGGACAGUGUGUUAUGCACUGAAGGAAGCAAACCAGUUAUGCCGGAUGGUAUUGAAUUCAAUGGUGAUCAAACAGAUUCCUCCACAACCUCUUCCGAAGAGAUAGAUGAGCAAAACAAAUCAUCAGAAUCAUGUGAUGAUCUGAACAGGCUAUAUCUGACUGAGAACUGGGAGGAACACAAUGGUAUCUCUGAGCAUCUCCAACCACUGGAGUCACAGGACUUAUUGGAGCAGGUGUCUGAUGUUGCUGAUCAUAGCAAAGACUCCAUAGACAUUGAGCCUCCUGAACAAGAAAUAGAGACCUCUAAGCAAAGGGGGUCAGAAGAAACAACUGAGUGUCAUCCAUUUUUUAAAAUUGUGGCAUCUGAACAACCAAGUGAGGAUUCUGAGGAGGAGCUGAGUGAUGAUGAGUCCUCUGGGUCCUGUGAAUGCGAGUUCUGCGUUCCACCCAUAGAACAGGUCCCAGCAAAACCUCUGCUUCCACAAAUCAAGUCAAAAGACUCAGGGAAGAUCUGUGUGGUACUAGAUUUGGAUGAAACAUUAGUGCACAGUUCCUUCAAGCCUGUUAACAAUGCCGAUUUUAUCAUUCCAGUGGAAAUUGAUGGAACAGUUCACCAGGUGUACGUGUUGAAGCGACCCCAUGUGGAUGAGUAUCUCAAAAGAAUGGGGGAGUUGUUUGAAUGUGUUUUGUUCACUGCCAGUUUAUCCAAGUAUGCCGAUCCCGUCUCUGACCUGCUGGAUAAAUGGGGUGCUUUUCGACAUCGCCUCUUUCGGGAGUCCUGCGUAUUCCACCGAGGAAACUAUGUAAAAGACCUGAGUCGUCUGGGCAGGGAGCUCAACAAGGUCGUCAUCGUAGACAACUCCCCAGCCUCCUACAUCUUUCACCCUGAUAAUGCUGUCCCUGUAGCAUCCUGGUUUGACGACAUGGCAGACACAGAGCUCCUAGAUCUCAUCCCAUUCUUCGAAAGACUUAGCAAAGUGGAUGAUGUCUAUGAUAUUCUAAAGCAGCAGAGGACUGCAAGCUAAUGUGUAAUCAGACACCAUCGACAACUUUUCACCACAGGGGGCCAUGGAGGGGGCUAGCGGGCAACAGGCUUCAAGUUUCUUUACCAGAAGGGACCAGCUGGUGUCUCUCGGUCAUGUUCACCCAUCAAAUUCUAUUCACACACAAUGUGUGAUAGAGUUUGGAACAGAGAUGAAACUGCUUCCUGGCAAACAUUGACAUGAGCAGUAUAACUCAUUUUUUCAUAUACAAUGCAGUAAUCCCUCUUGGUUGCUGCUUUUUUGUAUUAAAUGAAGGUUUGAGCAAAGCUCUUUUUUAUGGAAUAUUGAGCAUUUAAUCAGGGGAUAUGAUUUGUAUAUCAGUGAAUACAAUAUCUAAGAAGAAGUUAUUUCUAGAGAUUAAGUUAAUACAACCCAUUAACAUGUUAAAUGUUGUGCUGCUACAUAGGUUUGACUAUGUAGCAACACAACAGGGCAAAGUAUGUAUCUGACUGAGGUUGGAGUUCAGGCAAAUAGUACUCAUUAUGUUUUGAACAGUGGAAGAGCGCAUAUGCAUAUGUGAAUGUAAACACAGUUUGUAUUGAAAGUCUACGUACAGCCCCUGAAAAUAUCACAUUUUGUUGUGUCAGUGCCUUAGAGUUUAAUUCCUUUAAAUGAAUGAUUUAUCACACCAUACCCUCUCUUUUAACAAUAUUUCAAUUUUUAAAAUAUAUGAAAAAUACCAAGCAGAAAUAUGAUAAUUGGAUAUGUCUCUACUCCAUUCUAGUUAAUAUUCAAUGGAAUCACCUUUAAAAGUUCAGCUGUGUACAAGUUUGAACACUAGAUUUGUGAAUAUGUAACCAUUUUUAUUUACAAAAGUGUUCAUCUUCCUUAGGGAAAGUUGAUUAAAUCAUGCCACACAUUUUUAUUAGAUUUAGGUAGGCACUCUGACUGGAUCAAUCAAUAAAAGUUUACAGUUCCUGACCCAGUUCACAGCAGCUUUAGUCAUGUACUUUGGGUUGUCAUUCAGAAAGGUGAACUUCUUCCUAGUUCAACCUUUCUUGCAGAGUGCAGAAAGGUUUUACUCAGGGACUUUUCUUUACAUUGCUCUGUUGA